AUGCAACUGCUCGGCGCAGCAUGGCUCCUGGCCAUGACGGCCGCCGCGUCGCGACCCAUGUCGACGCUCAUGCUCGACAGCAUCGUCGCCCGCAGGCAAGGCAUCGUCGACUCGGGCGCGGCGAGCAGCACGCUUGAGAGCGGCUUCCUCGCCCAGGCCAUGGAGUACGCCGUCGCGCUGUACCCGGACGCCAAGUGCCGAUACGGCGGCUACCUCUCGGCCGUCCUCGACGUCGCCUCGGCAGAUCUGACGAGCGCCCCCGUCGCCGCCAAGAGACCGCUUGACCGGUUCUCUCUCGCGACCGCCAUCCGCACAGCCCUCGCGUCGGGAGUCGCCCCCGUCACCGAGCAGGCCCGAAAGGCCUACCAGGCCAUCCACGCGUCCCUGGCGCUGCAGGAGAGGAACCCGGACGGGGGGCUGUGGUACUUUGUCUACCCGGAAUGGAGCUACCUGGACGGCAUGUUCUCCCUGCUGCCCUUCACGUCCCAGCUCCCGCACGCAAACCUCACCGACAUGGUCCUCCAGGUCAACCUCCUCCGCGACCACUGCACCCAGAGGAACACCUCCCUCUUGUUCCACGGCUACGACCGCUCCCGCCGCGCCGUCUGGGCAGACCCCGAGACGGGCGCCAGCCCCUACGUCUGGGGCCGCUCCCUCGGCUGGUUCUUUGCAGCCCUCGUCGAGACCUGGGACAAGCUGUCCUGCCAGGCCGUCCAGCGGGGCGACCGCCUCACGCUGUGCACCCUGACCAAAGAAAUCGCCUUUCAGCUAUCCAAUUCCAUCCUCCGGUACGCCGACCCCGCAACCGGCGCCUGGUGGCAAAUCGUCACGCUGCCCGGCGCAGGGGCCAACUACCUCGAGAGCUCGAGCACCGCCCUCUUUACCUUUUCUCUGCUCAAGGCGCUGCGCAUCGGGCUCCUGUACGGAGACGAGCCGGACUACAAGGGCGCCGCGCUCAAGGCCUACGACUACACCCUGCGCCACUUCGUCACCGACACGGGCAACGGCACCAUUGGCUUCAGCAAGACCGUCUCCGUGUGUAGCCUCAACUCGACUGCCACCUUUGAGUAUUACACCUCGCGGCCCAUCACGCCCAAUAGUUUGUUGGGGGAGUCGGCCUUUGUCCUGGCCGCCCUGGAGGUGGAGAGGUUGGGGAGGUGA